GUGAUCUUUGAAGAUGUGACCCUGGGUUUUACCUCCGAGGAGUGGGAGCUGCUGGAUCCCAUGCAGAAGAGCCUGUACAGAAAGACGAUGCUGGAAAACUAUCAGAACCUGGUCUCAGUGGAACAUCAGCUUUCCAAACCAGAUGUGGUGUCUCAGUUAGAGGAGGCGGAGGAGCUAUGGCUGAAGGAGAGAGAAAUUCCUCAAGACACAUUUCCAGAAUUUCCUGGGGAUCUGUUGGAUCUUCCAGAGGACCCUCUUCCUGCUGGGAGGAGGAACACAAACCCCCUCAUGGACAUCACAGUGGUAGAGGUACUUACGCUGAAUGAGGAGGUGGCCCGUUCCCGGAAUGCGCAGAUCCAGGCCCUCUAUGCCGAGGAUGAAGGCCAGAGCUCUGAGCCCCCCUCAGGGCCUGCAGCACCCCCUGGGGAUCACGCGAUGGAUCCGGAGGCCUUGCGCCAAACUUUCCGACAGUUCCGCUACCAGGUGCCCAUGGGUCCCCAGAAGGCCCUGGCCCGGCUGCGCCAGCUGUGCCACCAGUGGCUGCGGCCGGACACCCGCUCCAAGGAGCAGAUGCUGGAGCUGCUGGUGCUGGAGCAGUUCCUGGGGGCGCUGCCCCGGAAGCUCAGGACCUGGGUGGAGUCACAGCACCCAGCCGACUGCCAGGAAGCAGCAGCCCUCGUGGAUGUGGUGACCUGGAUAUCCACGGAGGAAGGUGAGCAUGUGGAGAUGGAGGCCGCCCAGGAUGGUGGCCGUCGUGGAGAUGGUGGCCGCCCGGGGUUGGUGGCCGCCGUGGAGAUGGUGACCGCCCGGGGAUGGAGGCCGCCCGGGGAUGGUGGCCGCCCGGGGAUGGUGGCCGCCAUGGAGAUGCUCUGCCUGCCCAAAGUCCUGCCUCACCCCCGGAGAUCGCUGGUGACUGUCACGAGGAAAAAGCAGAGGAGGAUGACUGUCCAGCACAGGAACCCCAUGAGCUGUGUGAUCAGGACCGUGCUGGGCUUCCCAGUGGCCUGGCCCGGAACGAGGACACAGUCGGCAGGAGGGAAGGGCACACUGCACCGGCUCCUCCCCCGAGACCCAGGGCCUGAGUUCACGGGCACGGGGGUCCUAUUGCAGGAGGCUGUCACCUUCCAGGACGUGUCCGUGGGCUUCAGCCGGGAGGAGUGGCGGCUGCUGGGCCCUACACAGAGGACAGAGUACCGGGACGUGAUGCUGGAGACGCUGGGGAACCUGGUCUCCGUGGGCUGGGAGACCACCCUGGAAAGCAAGGAGCUGAGACCCAUCACAGACCUCUGCCAGGAGGAGCCGGCCCUCAGCCCGCCUGAAGCUGGCCCUUCGAGGCCCAGCCCCACUCCCUCUCCCUCAGGAACCCAGAAGUCAACGCUUACCCAGGAGAGACGAGCUCAGGAAAAGGCCCGCUCUCCAGAGCCGCAGCCGAGAGAGCGCCGCUCGGCCAGGGAGCACCCCAGCACCUGCCCAGACUCACCCCAGGUCUCCCCGAGAAAACGUUCGCGCAGACACAGCUCCCAAGUCAGGAGCCCGAGGUGGGACUUGCGCUCCAAGCCGACUCCGACCAGCGGGGAGCAGGGCCGGACGCGCGGGGAGCAGGGCCCAGCCAGGGACGCGACCAGCGGCCGGCAGAUCACCUUCACCCGCAUCCACGAGGGCAGCCUGCACUGCCGCUGCAGCGAGUGCGGAAAGACCCUGCGUAACCCCAAGUACUUCUCGGUUCACAAGAAGAUCCACAUCGGCGAGCGGCCCUUCGUGUGCCCGCACUGCGCCAAGGCCUUCAUCCAGAGCUCCUCGCUCACGCAGCACCUGCGCAUCCACACGGGCGAGAAGCCCUUCCAGUGUCCCGAGUGUGGCCGCGCCUUCAACGACCGCUCGGCCAUCUUCCAGCACCUGCGCACGCACACGGGUGCCAAGCCCUACCGCUGCGCGCACUGCGGCAAGGUUUUCCGCCAGAGCUCGCACCUGGUGCGCCACCAGCGCACGCACACGGGCGAGCGGCCCUACGUGUGCACCAGGUGCGGCCGCGCCUUCAACCAGAGCUCGCACCUGCUGGGCCACCUGCGGACACACAGCCGGGCGCCAAACAUAAGGCGGGCGCGGAAGAAGACGACCACUGCGUAG